UACCUAAGUCUGCGCCAACUUUACCGUUCCUUUUCCAUCAAGAGAUUCAACAGAGCUCGCCUCGAUAUAUUCCCAUCACCAUGUCCGAAGACGCUGCGCCGCCUGCAGCACCGUCAACACAAGCAGCACCUGCCUCGAUACCCCGCUAUUUUCGAAAUGAUGCGCCUCUGGCACGACGAGAUCCUCACAAGCAACUAUUAGCGUCAUUGGACCGACUGAUCACGGACUAUCCUCCACAUCAUGUUCCUCCAGGUGGUGGCCUAUAUUAUGGACCGAUAUCAGUAGCCUACCUCUUUUAUGCCUUGCACAACAUAUAUCCUGACCUUACACUGGAUGAAUAUCCCUUGAACACAUGGUCUGCGGCUUACAUUGAACAAGCACAAGCCCAUAUCAAGGAAUUCCCAGCGCCAUCUCCCAAGAAAUGCGGCAUUUCCAACGACAUCAUGUCCCUGCUUGCGCUGUACGCCGUGACUGCGCAAGACCCAGACACGGUGAAAGAGCUCUGCGAUCAUGCUGCCGUCAUGCUUGAGGACGAAACCUCCAACGAAUGGCUGUUUGGUCGUGCUGGCUAUCUGUAUCUCCUUCGCCUCGUACGCGGAGCUUUUGCCCAUAACAAGGACGUUAUCGAACUCAUUGAGGACACAGCCGAUGAGGUCAUCGAGAACAUUAUGCAAAGCCCGCGACCCUGGAAAUGGCAUGGGAAGGCAUACGUUGGUGCCGUGCAUGGCGCGAUCGGUAUCAUUACACAGAUCGUGCUUACUGACCCUUCAUGGGCGUCUAAGCUGGAAGCGGAAUUGGGUGCCUUACUCAGCUAUCAGUACGAGAGCGGCAACUUCCCAUCGUCUCUGCCGCCAGGCCGUGACAAGCUCGUACAAGUCUGUCAUGGAGCGCCUGGUGUAGUCACUUCUCUUCUCUCGAUUCGAAAAUAUUUCCCAGGCCUUCACGAACGUAUUGACAGAGUUAUCGCCAAGGCCAGGGAGUGCAUCUGGGAGAGAGGCCUCUUGACCAAGGAGCCCUGUAUCUGUCACGGAAUCACUGGAAAUGCUCUUGCUUUGGACGGCAAGCAAUUUGAGCACUUCCUGACUUAUACCACAGGCCACGAAAUUAAGUCAAUGGCAAAAGAUGGUAUGUUGGAGAAGUCGGACGAUCCAUCUGCACUAUGGUGUGGCGAGGCAGGUCGUGCCUGGGCGUGGGCGGUCGCAGACAAGGAUUUGGACAAGAGACUUCUUGGUUACAACGAUAUCUGAAGGCUUGGAAGACUAGCGCCAGUGAAUUGAAUGGCACUUUGAUGAUACACACGACGUCAUGAGCGAGACGACUGAAGAGCUAUUGUGGCGUUCCGCGCAGG